AUGAGAUCUCACUUUGAAACAUCACGAGCUAACAGCAGAAUCGAUGAGUGGGCUGCUCAACUAUAUGGUCUUCGGAUACGAGAAGAAAAUAUUUCGUCAAUUGCAGUUAGAUUAGUUUUAUAUUACAGACUAAUUUCUCAGUUUGGUAUUCAGCAAUUGUUCGUCGGAGCCGAUACAAUCGUCGUCUAUGGAGAUUAUAUCUGA